AAUUUUGAGACAUUCAAUUGGUAAACAACGUAUUCAAAAAUAUUGAAACUUUAAUAUUAAAAUCAAAAUAGAAAACAUUGCACACCACAAAAGCGGAAGCUGACAACUCUGUAAAAGGAUCAAACACUAAAUGAUUAUACUGUUCGCCGGUGAGCAAAUAAACAAACAGUGCAUCCGAUAGAGCUCCCUACUACCGGGUUGGGUGGAUAGAUAAAUACGCCGAUCUCGAUCAGCGACGAAACCGCACAUCAUCGCAUCGCGCGACCGGAGACCUUACACAUUCACGAAAGAUUCGCGCGUGCCGCAGCUCGCCAGUUCCCUCAGUAACCGCACCGGCAAUGGUUGACCGUUGUAGAGCCGACACACGUUCGCAGCACCUAGGACAGACGAUAGCCUACCGUUGUUGUGCAGUGUAGUGUAGUGUUUUUGGGCAUCGUUGUAGAGAAACGUUUCACGCUUAGUUUAUUAUAAGCAAAAAAUCCCCUUCCUAUCACUCCUUAAUCACCUGUAGACAACAAAGGCAAAAGUGAUCUGACCACUUUUUUUCCGUGGAUCACCCAUUCGGUCCCAUUUGACCGUGGUCAAUCCAGCAAACGGAUACGAUCGCGUAACGAGCGAACGCCGGUGCCGGUUUUUUGGUGGGGUGGUUAAAAUUUUGGCAAACACAGUGAAGUCGUUACGAACGCCACGCGCGAAACACGGUCCAUUGUUAAACAGUUCGGUCCAAUUCGGUUAGCCCGUGCCGUGUUCGUGAUGAGCGUUGUGUAUUGAAAUUUUAACGCACAAUACAUUCCAGUGGGUGCUUUGCGGUACGGUGAUUUAGUGGUUAGUGUUGCAAUCUGAUUGAAUCUGAAGAAGUGUUUAUCUUGGACGUACAAACAUGGCGGACGAAAAAACUACUCCAAUGGCAGCUCUGAAGCAGACGCUUCUGUCGCUGUCCGUUUCACUGUCCUACUACUGUAUAGGGCUCGUGCGCGGUUAUUCGGCGCCAGCCGUACCAUCCAUGCAUGACACGACGCCCGAUCUGCUGCCGAGCAAAAGUAUCGCCUCCUGGGUCAGCUCCAUACCACCGUUCGGGGCGUUCUUUGGCAGCUUGGUAGCUUUUCCACUGAUGCACCGGAUAGGGCGCAAGUACACGGUGCUGAUAGCUUCGCCACUGUGGGUCACCUCCUGGAUACUGAUAGCUACGGCGGAUGAUUGGCGCGUACUGUUCCUGGCCCGAAUGCUGUCCGGAUUCGGUGCCGGUCUGUCACUACCCGCCGCCCAGGUGUACGUCAGCGAAUGCAGCGAUCCGAAGAUACGUGGAGUGAUCGGUUCACUGCCGGCGUUAGCCAUGUCGUUUGGAAUUCUGAUGAUGUACAUCAUGGGCAAGUUCUUCCACUGGCGGCUGCUGGCGUGGAUAUGCUGCGGUAUGGCGAGCUGCCUCUUCCUGGCAGUCGCCUGCUUCCCGCAGAGUCCCGUAUGGCUGAAGACUAGGAAGCAGUACGAGAAGGCUCACUAUUCCGCCAAAUGGUUACAUCUGCAGGGUUUCUCGAUCGAUCCGAAAGCAACUACCGUUGCUGUAGAGCAUAAAGGGAAGCAAACGGCAUCAGCAACCCCAAAACCAUUCUCGAAGGAGGCACUGCUUCGCCGGGAAAUCCUUAUCCCGCUCGGAAUUGGACUAGUGCUGCUAUCCAUUCAGCAACUAAGCGGUAUCGAUGCGGUAGUAUUUUUCACUGUGGAAAUCUUCCAUGCGGCUGGUUCAUCGAUGGAUGGUCAUCUGGCGACGAUUAUCGUCGGUACGGUGCAGGUACUGAGCAACGGAGCCGCCCUGUUUGUGGUGGAUCGUGCUGGCCGUAAACCGCUGCUCAUCGUGUCCGGACUGAUCAUGUGCAUUGCGAUGGCAUCGAUGGGUGCCGCCUUCCAUCUGAACUCGGUCGGCAACACGUGCUUCGGGUAUCUGCCGGUAGUCAGCCUGAUCGUGUUCAUGAUCGGUUUCUCGAUCGGGUUCGGUAGUAUACCGUUCCUGCUGAUGGGUGAACUCUUCCCAACGGCACAACGAAGCUUACUCAGCUCUCUAGCGGGAUCGUUCAACCUGGCCAUGAUGUUUACCGUCAUCAAAACGUACCAUCCGUUGGAAGAUCUCAUCACCACAUCCGGGACAUUCCUCAUGUACAGUGUGCUCUGUGCACUGGGUGUGGUGUUCGUCAUUACGUGCGUACCAGAGACGAAAGGUCGUGAGCUCGAGAGCAUCCAGAAGCUGUUCGAACGACGACCUCAGCAGCCUAUCCACCAGCAGGAACUGGGCAGUGAGAAAGACAGCCAUGACAAUCCUGUUUUCAGUGCUUCGGACGAGAUAGUACCGCACCAUCACUCGAAAUCGAUCGACACGAAGCUUUAGGGCCCUUAAUGUAAAUGUUUCUUUCCCUUUAGCUUGUAGCGUGAAAAUAAAUCAAACCCCGGGGCUAAAUUAACUCACUGA